AUGUUUAUUAACAUCUACAUUAGUAGAAUCAGGUCCAGGGCAAUUCAAGCACAUAGUGGACCAUCAGUAGAUUUAGCUAUUUUUGCAUUACAUUUAACAAGUAUUAGUAGUUUAUUAGGUGCAAUUAACUUCAUAGCUACAACAUUAAAUAUGAGAACAAAUGCUAUUUUAAUUACUGCUGUAUUAUUAUUAUUAUCAUUACCAGUAUUAUCAGCUGGUGUAACAAUGUUAUUAAUGGAUCGUAACUUCAAUACUUCAUUCUUCGAAGUAGCUGGAGGUGGUGAUCCAGUGUUAUACCAACAUUUAUUCUGA